AUGGACCCGUCCAUCGAUGAUGUACUCGCUUCGAGUCCCUCGACAGCUGCCAUGCCCUCUACAAACGGGUCGCUCUCAUCGGACAAAACUUCAACAUUGUUAGACAGUACACAAUUAAGACCACAGAAUGAGCUCGAAGGAGCAAUCCCAAAUGCGUUCGACUCGCAGGAGCUCAUCGACCAGACCCUGGAUUUCUUAGCCUCAGCCAGCAAUGAGACCCUGGUCGGUGUCCUUGUUGCGCUGGUGUGCAUGAUCUACGCGGUAUUUGGCAGGCUGGGUCUCUUGCUCAUCGGAAUGGGAGCGGGGGUUCUCUUGCAUGCGUCGUGGGAAGGCUCAUUGUCAACGGGCGGCAGCAUUGGAGUCUCGACAGCGCGGAGAAAGAGACAGGAGUUGGCACUGGAGGUCUCUCAAAGAUUGCUGGAUUGGCCACGUCAAGCUUCUGCUGAGCAUUUGACGGCUACCGUUUCCAAGGAAAAUAAGCACGCGGGAGUCAUUGCGGCGCCAGAAGAUCUGACGGCUGCUGAUUUGAAGUAUGCGACUUUUCGGCCGGCGACGGCAGCUGCGCUGCGCUCAUUCACUGAUGCCGUGGUGACUGAUUACGUGAAAAACUGGUACGAGCCAAUUCUUCCGGCUGAGACCGUCUUCCCAGGCUCCUGCCGAAGGACCUUGACCCAUUUCGUGACAACAAUUUUGUCCCACGUGUCACGCAAGCGGACCGAAGAGACAUUCUUGCAAUUCCUGACGAACUCGUCCUCGAUCAUCAUUGUGUUUCUCAAUGAAUUGGCCGCUGCUUUCACAGCCGUUGAUUCACCGUCCGCGGAUGCGUCGGAAGUCGUGGAGCAGUAUCUCAAGAAGAGCCCCGAAAGCAGCUUGGCGAAUGUCCUCUCUGAAGAGCAGCAGAGGAAGAAGUUUAACAUGGUAGCAGACGAUGUUCUCUCCCACUUCCUUGAUGCCAAGGCAUAUAGCUGCUCGCCGGUGCGAGACUUUCUGCGUGAGAUCUUUGCGCGCCUCGUGCUGGAAUCUACAGUCAUCAGUCUGUCUCGCCCCGAGUUCAUCAAUGAAUGGAUCAUUUAUCUUCUGCAGGACGGUGAAUCAGAACUCAUGCAUGCCAUUGAUGCCGGCGUGGAAGGGGCCCGCAAGCAAAGUGUGGGAGGGAGCACCGUCCAAGCAGGAUCCGCAAUCUCCAAGGCGACUCUGCCCGAGACAAAUAAGACGGUUACGCCUCGGUCCACUGAGCUCCCUGCGACUCACGCAGAUCGGGCCGAGGAAGAGGCGAUGAAAGAGGCCAAGAGGCUGAGCGCACUGAUGGCUUCUCGGGAUGCUCAAACAUUCAAGGAGAACUCCAAGCCUGAAGCCAUCCCUCGGCAAGAGCCGCAGACCUACGAGGCUUACCAAACGGGGCCUACGAGUGAGAAUAGCUACAGCGUCUCUCUCAGGACUGCUUCUGUCUCAGAAACCUCCGAUUCCCAGCCUCUAUCCCCAACUACGCAAACAGCGACGUUGGCGUCUCCGACAGCUCGCCGUGACUCGGGAAAUCAAGCUGUCAUGCUUCAAGAUGCACGGGUCAUGAUAGACGAUGAUGGCGCAAGCAGUGAAGAAGGUAUCAUCAAGUCUCGACCCACGUGGGACUACCUGAUCCAAAUUGAGCCGGCGUCGCACCGUGCGACCGGCUGGAUGGUGUUCAGAAAAUAUGCAGAUUUCCAGUCUCUCCAUGAGAUGAUUUCUACGGUGUCUCGACUCAAUCACAUCCAGAGUUUCUCUGACCAGUUCCCAACUUUGCCCUUAUGGAAGGGCCAAACUCGGCAAAACCUGGCUCGAGACCUUGAGCGGUACCUGCAAGAAGCUCUGAAACAUGAAUCACUGGCCGAGACAGAACGUAUGCGACGAUUCAUGGAGAAACAAGCUGGACCGACGGAAACGAGUCCAUCGAAACCAGGGUUCUUGUUCCCUGGGCCGAAUACCUUUGAGAAUAUUGGUAAAGAUCUGUUGGGAGCUUUGAGCAACGCCCCCAAGGGUAUGGCUGGGGGUGGUCGUGCGGUUCUCGAUGGUGUCACUGGGGUCUUUGGCGGUGCCAACCACAAUCGGAAAGUGUCCAAUGCGCCAGAUGCAUUGCCAAUUAAUCGAAGGAGUUCCUCCAGAGCGAGUAUGGACCUUGCGAUCAAUCCCGGUCUGGCCAAUGCGCUGAAUCGAGUGGCCUCUCCGAGUAUCGGUUCUGCUUCGAUUGAUCCCUUGGCGUCCCCGCGAUUCAGUGGCGAACAGCCACUUUCUCCCAUAGUCUCUUCCUCUCCACCUACUUCCGCGCUUGGCCUCGGAUUGUCCAAAGACUUCGUGCAUAUCCCACCUCAUAAAGAUAUGAGCAAUGACACGACGCUCCCAUCCGGCCCGCUAGAUGCGUCAAACACAACAUCACAGCUGGAGUCUAAACUUGCUCUUUUGGUUGAUGAGAACCUUCGUGCCGAUCCGCUUGACACCGUCGAGACCCACAACAGCCCCAAGAAGAUAGCUUCUCUUGACUCCCAGAUUGAAAGCACAACGACUAGCGAGCCACACACAGCUUCACAGACCCUGCAACGACCACGCGCACCUAUCACAGCCGACGAGACACAAAUUGCCGUUGAGCUCAUAUUUGCCGUCAUAAAUGAGCUAUAUACCCUAUCAUCAGCAUGGAACAUCCGUCGAACCCUGCUUAACGCAGCAAAAACCUAUAUUCUACGCCCCGGGAGUCCCACACUGGAGACAAUUCGUGACCUGCUUCAGGAAUCCAUGAUCGACGCUAAUUCAUCAGAUGAAGCCCUUGCACAAUAUAUUGCCAAGAUCAGAGAGAAUGCUCUGCCAACAGAAGCCGAGCUGAAAGCCUGGCCUGCGCCGCCUAGUGAAGAGGAGAAGGCGCGAUUGAGGGAAACCGCCCGCCGAUUGUUUGUGCAGAGAGGGAUUCCUCAAGCUUUGACGAGUGUUAUGGGUGCUGCGGCUAGUCGAGAGGCGUUGGAGAAAAUUUUCGAUAGUCUGCAGGUGGAGAGUGUGGCGCGAGGGUUUGUUUUCUCGUUGAUGCUGCAGGCCUUGCGGGUGUUGACUUUGUAG